GCGCCCCCCCUUGCCGUACUGCUCCCCUCCUGGCCUUUGCCCCAAACCAGGAUCUGGCCCCCAGCCUGGCUGCAUGGCCUGAACAUGUCAGGUGUGCUUCUUUCAGGUAUGGGGGAGGGCUGGGUGCCAUGAAGCCAGUGCAGGUUGUCACCCUUUGUUGCGUACUACUGCUGGUGUCCAGGCUGGGGGCCACCAGGAGGGUGUCCCCAGAAGAGGCCUCCUUCUACUAUGGGACCUUCCCACCUGGCUUCUCCUGGGGUGUGGGCAGCUCCGCCUACCAGACAGAGGGUGCCUGGGACCAGGAUGGGAAGGGGCCCAGCAUCUGGGAUGCCUUCACACAUGAUGGAAAGGGGAAGGUGCUUGGGGAUGAGACAGCAGAUGUGGCCUGUGAUGGCUACUACAAGGUCCAGGAGGACAUUGGUCUGCUGAGGGACCUGAACGUAAACCACUACCGAUUCUCCCUGUCUUGGCCCCGGCUCCUACCCACAGGCAUCCGAGCUGAGCAGGUGAACGAGAAGGGAAUCCAAUUCUACAGCGAUUUCAUCGAUGCCCUUCUGAAGAGCCACAUCACCCCCAUUGUGACUUUGCACCACUGGGAUCUGCCACAGCUGCUCCAGGACAAAUAUGGCGGGUGGCAGAACGUGAGCAUGACCAGCUACUUCAGUGACUAUGCCAAUCUGUGCUUUGAGGCCUUUGGGGACCGGGUGAAGCACUGGAUCACUUUUAGUGAUCCUCAGGCAAUGGCAGAAAAGGGCUAUGAGACGGGCCACCACGCACCAGGUCUGACGCUCCACGGCACUGGCCUGUACAAGGCAGCGCAUCACAUCAUUAAGGCCCACGCCCAAGCCUGGCAUUUGUAUAACAGCACAUGGCGCAGCAAGCAGCAAGGUCUGGUGGGGAUUUCACUGAACUGCAAUUGGGGGGAACCUGUGGACAUUAGUAACCCCAAGGACAUAGAGGCUGCUGAGAGAUACCUACAAUUCUGCCUGGGUUGGUUUGCCAACCCCAUUUAUGCCGGUGACUACCCUCAAGUCAUGAAGGACUAUAUUGGUCUGGUGGGGAUUUCACUGAACUGCAAUUGGGGGGAACCUGUGGACAUUAGUAACCCCAAGGACAUAGAGGCUGCUGAGAGAUACCUACAAUUCUGCCUGGGUUGGUUUGCCAACCCCAUUUAUGCCGGUGACUACCCUCAAGUCAUGAAGGACUAUAUUG